GCCUCGAAAAAGCAAACAAACAAAGCAGAAACAUUUGUCCACUUUUCAAGCACACUCCACUUUUUCACUUCAAAUUCUCCCAUCCAUCACUCUGUAGUCUGUAUCUCGAUAAUUGUGUCACUGUGUCUACUCUUUUGAACUUUCAAUUGCAAAAUACCCAGCUCAGCUUGAUUCAUUCUAAACUCAAAAAAGGUCAGUUCUUGUGCUACCCUUUUGAUUCUUUAAGUUAACCCAUGAUUUAGUUUAUCACCAUUUGUUGUAUUUAAGUCAAGAAACCAAUAGUAUCUUUGUGUUUCUUGAACAGGAAUGAAAUUGUAGCUGAUGGGCUAGAGUUUUUUAGGUCAUUUUAGUCUAUCGAACAUUGAUCUAUAUUUUUUUUGUCAAUUUGAAGGAGCCCAUAUAAAUCUUUACUGAGUUCUGGAGUGGUUAAGUUUGAACUUGAGGAUUUUUAGAAACCCUUGUAAUUUGUCAGUUUAAGACGGAUAUUUUUUUCUUGAUUCGAGGGUAUGAUUGGUUUAGUGAUUGGAUUGUAUUUGUGAUCCUGAUACUGAAUUUGUUAAUUUUAGGAUUUCGAUUAGCUCUAUUGGUAGUAGAAAGCUAGCUUCUUUUGUUUAUAAUCAUAAAUGGGAGAAGCAAAACUUUCUGAAAUUCGAGCAAAAGGCUCGAAAUUUUCUGAUCAAAAUCAGAUACCAAAGAGUAAUGCUGCAAAAGGGAGCAACAAUCCUGUAAAGCCCAGGUCUUCUUGGGGUUCUAACAUUGUAAAAGGGUUCUCGGGGGAUAAGAAAACUAAGAUACAGACAUUAGCUCAGAGCAAAAAAGUACCUCUUUCUGAUAAUUCGAAUCAGAAAAAUGCAUUGGUGUCUUCACAAGUGCGAGUAAAACGAUCUCUCAUUGGUGAUUUAUCUUGUUCAGUCACCCCCACACAAGUUCAUCCUCAGUUCAAUAAGACCAAUUCUUCGGGUUCUCGUGAUUUAUAUUUGGAGCUCGACCAUUUAAGAGGAUGGCUUCAGGAAUCAAAAGAAAGGGAGAUACAUUUGCAAGCUGAGUUAUUAGAUUGUAAGAGAAACCCCAAAAUUUUGGAUCUUGAAAAGGAACUAGAAUUAAAGAAAAUUGAAAAUGAUAAUCUACUGAGGAAAGUAGCUCAUUUAGAAUCACAGAAUACUUGCCUUUCGGAGCAAUUGGUGUCUGCAACCUCUGUGUUGGAGGAGAGGCAGGAGCAUAUAUUGGAAAGGGAAAAUGCGGAUGUUUUAAAGGUAGCACCAUCGAAUAGUCUUGAGGUGGAAGUUGUGGAGUUGAGGCGCAUAAACAUGGAGCUUCAACUUGAGAAGAGAAAUCUUGCUUGUAGACUCUCUUCCAUGGAAUCCAAGCUAGCUGCUCUUGCAGAAGUUUCCGAGACCGAUAUUAUUGAGAAGAUCAAAGCAGAGGCUUUUUCGUUAAGACACACAAAUGAGGAUUUGUCUAAACAAGUGGAAAAUUUACAAGUAAGCCGGUUGAAUGAGGUUGAGGAGCUUGUCUAUUUGAGAUGGGUGAAUUCAUGUCUGCGAAGUGAGUUGCGUGGUUUGUCAUCUGCAAAUUCUGAUCAGAUGUCAACUCCAAAUGCAGUUGAGAGAAACAGUGAGAUACUUAACCUGUCAUCUUGCCAAAGUGAUACAGACUAUGAAUGUAGUAGCAUGAAGAGGUUGAAUCUGGUUAAGAAGUUGAAGAGAUGGCCUAUUACUGAUGAAGAUUUGCAAAAUUUUGAAAACCCGGCUCAUCUGUUAGAACAUAAUUGGAGUGACAUACAAAGCCCCAGAAGAAGGCAUUCUAUAAGUGGAGCAAAAUACUAUGCAGAAGACUCAGCACAGAAUAAGAGAAGGCAAUCUGAUGGUUUUAUGUGUUUAAAGGAAGUGGAGAAGGAAGAAGACUCGUUAGCUCCUCAAACUUAUAAAAUGGGAGAUAUUCAGACAGAUCAAUUCUUUAUGAAUUGCCAAGAGAUAACUAAAGCCAGAGCUUCUUUUGAUGUUGAGAGACGGGUCCUCCGUGUCCCCAAUCCUCCUCCAAGGCCUUUAUGUUCUGUUUCAAAUGAUCCAAAAAAUGUCUCAUCUCAAUUACCUCCACCACCUCCCCCUCCUCCACCACCACCUCCCCCUCCAAAGUUUGCGGGAAAAAGUACUACCGGAAUGGUAAAGCGAGCUCCACAAGUUGUUGAGUUUUAUCAUUCCCUUAUGAAGAGGGACUCCAGAAAAGAAUCUUUGAAUGGAGGAGCCUGUGAUGGCGUGAAUGUUGCAAAUGUUCGUAGUAGCAUGAUUGGCGAAAUAGAGAAUAGAUCAUCACAUUUGAUUGCUAUAAAGGCAGAUGUCGAGACCCAGGGGGAAUUUGUCAAUUUUUUAAUAAAAGAGGUCAAUGAAGCAGUAUUUCAGGACAUUGAAGAUGUGGUGGCUUUCGUUAAAUGGCUGGAUGAUGAACUCGGCUUCCUUGUGGAUGAAAGGGCUGUCCUAAAGCACUUUGAUUGGCCAGAGAAGAAAGCCGACACAUUGAGAGAAGCAGCUUUUGGGUACAGAGAUCUCAAAAAACUGGAGCAUGAAGUUUCUAACUAUAACGAUGAUACUCGAGUUCCAUGUGAUCUUGCGCUAAAGAAAAUGGUUACCUUGUCUGAAAAGAUGGAACGGACUGUGUACAGUCUUCUACGAACGAGAGAUUCAUUGAUCCGUAAUUGUAAAGACUUCCAAAUCCCUACAGACUGGAUGGUUGACAAUGGAAUAUUAAGCAAGAUAAAAUUUGGAUCUGUGAAGCUUGCAAAGAAAUAUAUGAAGAGGGUGGCGACCGAACUCCAUACCAAAGGAACAUCAGAGAAAGAUUCCUCUAUGGACUACAUGCUUCUUCAGGGUGUGAGAUUUGCUUUCCGAAUUCAUCAGUUUGCUGGAGGAUUUGAUGCAGAAACAAUGCAUGCAUUUGAGGAGCUGCGGAAUCUUGCUCUUGUUCUGAACAAGAUGUAAUGCGGUAAACAGCCUAGAAUUUGGAUAAAGACUGCAGAUUUUAAGCAACAGGCAGCUACAGGCUACAGCUGUUUUUUUUGGUUAUCUAUAAAACUGUAGAGAGUAUCCCUUUGGACUUUGGUGUUGUAAAGAUUGGUGCAGUUCAACCUUUGUGAAUAAUAUAAAUCUUGUAGAGUGCUACAUCUUAAGCACUUGCUUUUGAUGAAGGGGAAUUUUCUUACUAUAUUCAUAGUUUACCUUUGUUUU